GAGAGUGAGAGAGACGAUAAAGAAAUCACCGCGUGGUUCCUCACGUUCUGAGCACAUUGCAAUUGCAGCAGCACAUAACAUUAGGGGAAUAUGUCUGUGACACAGACAAAACAAAUCAAAUUUUACCAUCCAACAAGUUCCGCAAGUUCCGACAGCAAAAGUAGCAGUAAUAAUAUCAAUAAAGAUGCGACCGCAAAAGGAAAAUCUGCAACGCCUUCAUCAGUAUUUGCAUCAGCCGGCUUACUAACACCAACGCCAACACCAAUAUCAAUACCAGCCGCAGCAACUCUACAGCAGCAACAGCAGCAGCAACAACAACAACAGUCACAAUCACAGCUACAUCUACAGCUGCACAACCCGUCAAAGAAGGUUAAGGCUGCAGUCAGAAGCAACGGUCAUAGUCACAUCGAUGAUCGCUCAGAUGCUACCGAGCCAAUCUUUAUUGAUGCCACUUCAAUGGGCAGCGAACUUAACUGCUGCCCAGCCUCGCCCACAACUGUGCCAGCAAAGUCGGCCUUUGAGUCGCCGAUGCGACGUUCGGGACGUCGUCAGCGAACCACGUCGAUUGGUAAUCAGACAACCACUGCCAAUCCAUGCGAGGGAAUAAUACGGUCCAAUAAUCGCACUAUCUAUACGGCCGGACGUCCGCCAUGGUACAAUUGUGCCGGCCAACAGGUCGAACCCUUUGUCAUAGGCAUUUGCGGAGGCAGUGCAUCCGGCAAAACGACCGUGGCAGAAAAAAUCAUAGAAAGCCUCGAUGUGCCUUGGGUGACCUUAUUGUCCAUGGAUUGCUUCUACAAGAUCCUUAAUGAGAAGCAACAUGAGCUGGCGCUCAUUAAUGAAUAUAACUUUGAUCAUCCAGAUGCAUUUGACAUUGAUCUGCUUAUCGAUGUUCUCACCAAACUGAAGGAGGGCAGAAAGGUGGAAGUUCCAGUUUACAAUUUUGUAACGCAUGGCCGAGAGAGUCAGACGAAAACCAUGUAUGGCGCUAAUGUCAUAAUAUUCGAGGGUAUACUUACCUUUCAUAGCCCCGAGGUGCUGAAACUGCUCGACAUGAAGAUCUUUGUGGACACAGACCCGGAUAUCCGUCUUGCAAGAAGACUUAAGCGUGAUAUCUCGCAGCGUGGACGAGACUUGAAGGGUGUGCUAAAACAAUAUCUGAAUAUGGUAAAGCCAUCGUAUGCAAAUUAUAUAGCGCCCACAAUGGCCCAUGCGGACAUUAUUGUGCCACGUGGGGGCGAGAACACAGUGGCAAUAGCUCUCAUAGUGCAACAUGUACACACGCAGCUGCAACUGCGCGGUUUUAAGCUACGUGAAACAUUGGCCAAUUCGUAUAAGGAUCAGCCAAUGCCAGAUUCAUUGCAUUUAUUGCAUCCAACGCCACAGAUUAAGGGUCUGCACACAUUCAUACGGUGCAAGAAUACGUCGCGGGAUGAGUUCAUUUUCUAUUCGAAGCGGCUCAUACGACUGGUCAUCGAAUAUGCAUUGAGUUUGUUUCCAUUUAAGUCAACCUGUGUGGAGACACCGCAGGGUGUGCUUUACGAGGGCAAACGCAUGGAGUCUCGUAAGAUAUGUGGUGUAUCCAUAUUGAGAGCUGGUGAAACAAUGGAGCAGGCCGUUUGUGAUGUAUGCAAGGACAUACGCAUUGGCAAGAUUCUUAUUCAGACAAAUCUGAAAACGGGCGAACCGGAGCUCUACUAUCUGCGUCUGCCCAAAGAUAUAAAAGACUUUAAAGUGAUACUGAUGGAUGCUACUGUGGCGACUGGCGCUGCCGCCAUGAUGGCCAUCAGAGUGCUACUCGAUCAUGAUGUUCCCGAAGAAAAUAUUAUUCUUGCCUCAUUGCUGAUGGCCGAAAUUGGUGUACACUCGAUCGCUUAUGCCUUUCCCAAGGUGAAAAUAGUUACUUCCGCUCUGGACCCCGAGAUCAAUAGCAAGUUCUAUGUUAUACCGGGCAUUGGCAACUUUGGCGAUCGCUACUUUGGCACCGAGCCCUCGGACGAGUACUAACGGCCAACAAAAGUUUCUUAAGUAAUAUACACAACUAGGCUUAAACAAAUCGUUACUUAAAUUAUCAAUUCAUGAA